AUGCGGUCGGAAUUUCAGAAUGUCGGUUUUAUUGGCCUCGGAGCCAUGGGGAAGUUCAUGGCUGAGCAGCUGGCAAUGAAAUUGCCUGAAAGCGCUCGAAUUUAUGUUUACGAUGUGAUAAACAGCGCCAUCAUUGAUCUAACUACAAAGUUCCCCGGCCGCGUCAUCGGAGCGAUAUCACCAAAAGACGUGGCGCAGACUUCGGAGAUUAUCAUUUCCAUGGUACCAGAGGGUGCUCAUAUUAGAUCGGUGUAUCUCGACGAAAAAUUGGGAAUAUGCUCUAUCGAUCUUCAGCGCCGGAUUUUGAUCGAUUGCUCAACGAUUGACAUAAGCACCAGCCUUGCGGUGAAACAACAUAUUGCGAAGUAUCAUCCUGAAGCAUCGUUUUUUGAUGCGCCUGUCAGUGGCGGUACACUGGGUGCCCAGAAAGGCACAAUUGCCUUCUUCCUUGGAUGUAAACAUGAUGAACCACUCAUGAAGCCGAUAUCAAAGCUCCUGGCUUUGAUGGGCAAUAAUAUUAUACCAUGUGGAGGGCCAGCUACGGGUCUGGGUGCUAAGCUAUGCAAUAAUUACCUUUCGGGGUUAAUUGCCAUCGCAAGCUCUGAGGCACUGAACAUUGGCAUAAGGGCUGGUCUAGACCCAAGAGUCUUGUCCAGUGUGUUUGCCGCAGGUACUGCGCAGAAUGCCAUUUGUGAUCGGUUCAAUCCAUGCCCGGGUGUUGUGCCCGAAGCGCCGUCAAGCAAAGGAUAUGAUGGUGGAUUCAAAGUUCAACUGAUGAAAAAAGACUUCUCUUUAGCAGUCGAUUUAGCCCAAAGUGUGGGAGCUACAUUGGCUCUGGGGGCCAAAGGCUUGGAGACCUAUGAUGCUGCUGCGGAUGAUCCUCGGUGCCGCAACCUGGAUUCACGAGUCGUGUUUCGGUAUCUUGGUGGCCAGGAGGAUUGGGCAGAGAGAAGUCACAUUUGA